AGCUUUCCUUCCCCAGACAACAUCAAAGAAAUUGCUGGCUAUCGGCAUACUUUUGAAUUCGAAACAUAUUUACCAACAGAGUGUAUCUCUAAAUCGGCACGAUGCUGUUUGCAGAGGUCUCCAAGUCAAUGGGAGAAUUGGCUACUGCUAUAUCCAAGAAACAUCAGGAACUUGACCAAUUGAAGAAUGAGUACGAAAGGAAGCUACGGCUACUUGACCAGUACUUAUCACAUCUACCGACAAACAAACAGUCCAAGCAGGAUGUAUCGGGAUUUGUCGAAAACAUACAAAACCUCAAAAGUCCAGUCACGUGCCCUCAUUGCAACAACACUUUAUUUGAUUUGCUACAAGACACUGAUUUCGUCAUAGUUCCCAAAGACCGCCUCAAAGCUUUUUCUGUGGAUUUAUCUGGCGCAGAAAACCUGCGAGUGGUUGACAAGCCUGGAAUCCUAGUUGCGCCACCUACUGGAAGCUCUCCGAUACUACAACAGCCCAGCGCACACAACCAGAGCAGACUGAAAAGAACAUGCUCUUACUGUCACAAACCUGGCCAUUCGAGAGCCAAGUGCUUUACGAGAUUAAAUCGAGAACCACCACAUCAAAGAAGUCAGGCUAGUUCAACAGAACAAAAAAAUACAUUAUCGUAAUAUACACAUGCAAAACAGAGCCACGGGACGAUAAGCCCUGCUCAAAAUCCCUUGCAUUAUUUUCCUCCUUGAACCAUGGCCUCUAUAAUUGGUGUUAGUAGUGUUCUCGUACACAUCUUUCCUUGUUUGUUUUCGAUAAUCACGUACCUCUUCUGGAUGCAUCUUGUAGCAAAGUGCAGUCAACACUGCUGGCACUCAAAUGCACAUAUCUGACUGUAGAGCC